AUGUUGAUAACAGAUGUGGUAGCCGUUUUGUUAAUAUUCAGCGAGGUCAAGGGGUGUUUGAGAACCCGUGUGCCCGACACUACGACCUCUCCACCAAUCACAGGUAAUUGCAAGUCUUAUUCAGUAUAUUUCGAGCUGUUUAGUGUCUACGACAACAACUACCACAGUCACGACUACUACAACAACCACCACUACAACAACUACUACAACCACCACGACUGCUGUUGCAGGUAGGCCCGCACGCAGUAGUUUCGUUAGUGCCACCAAUUUCAGCGUGCACAGCGCCCGCUAACUCGGCGGGAAUCACAAUUUCCGACGUUCAAGAACAAGAUGUCUUCACAUACGCAAGCCCUGUUUCGCACUGCACGUCAUGCGACAGCGGAAACCGGAAAUUCUACAGCAGCGCUUCCUCGGCGAGCGCUUCCGACGCGCUCAACAAUAACGAGGGAGUUACCGUUGUUCAGUGUGACACAGCGGCGGACUUGUGCAUCUGCGAGCCAGAUGGGACAUGCUGCACUCCAUCGGCAACGGCUCCUGAUGAGGUGCAACUCAUACCGUUCUGCGACAACGGAGGUAAGUAAAUAGAUUAUGUGAACAUUCACGUAUCGUCCAGACUGCUCCGUUUACGCAAACUUCAACGGCGACAGCGGUGCCGGCGUUACAUGUGGCGGAACUACGUUCAGUGUAACGUCCAGUGAUUCGGUGAACGAUGGCAGCCAUGUGAAGGUGGAUUCCAUCAGCUGCAGCGGAUGCGACAAGAUCAAAAACGACAAAUGCCAAGGCCCGAAUGUGGAUGGCGGAGACGCCGAGUCGUGA